GUGCUCUGUUAUAGGGCUGACUUGGACAUUACUGAACUUCCAAGAUUUUAAGGGAUGCUUGGUAAAGCAUGGUGGCACACGAUGAGAUUGGAGGUCUCCUACCUAUAAAAAGGACUAUACGAGUCCUCGAUGUUAAUAAUCAGUCCUUCAGAGAACAAGAGGAACCAAGCAAUAAAAGAGUUCGACCUUUAACUCGAGGUACAUCCUUGGCAAAUUUAAUCUCUCCUGUGAGAAAUGGAGCAGCCAGAUGCUUUGGUCAUACAGUACAGCCAUUUACACGUCAUGGUGACAGCAGACCCCCAGGUUCUGCCCAAAAGUCAUCACGCAGAUCGACAGUUCCAACACCUGCCAAAAGGAGAAGUAGCAUCCUGUGGUCAGAGACAUUAGAUGUCAACAUGAGAGAGUCUUUAACUGCCAAAGAAAUCAAACAUCAGGAGGCAAUAUAUGAAAUGGCCCGAGGUGAACAGGACUUAAUUGAAGAUCUCAAACUUGCAAGAAAGGCCUACCACAACCCCAUGUUAAAGUUGUCUAUCAUGUCAGAAGAGGAACUCACACAUAUAUUUGGUGACUUGGAUGCUUACAUACCUUUGCAUGAAGAUUUGUUGGCAAGAAUAGGCAAAGCAACGAAGCCUGAUGGGAGAGUGGAGCAGAUUGGUCACAUUCUUGUGAACUGGUUGCCAGGCUUGAAUGCCUACAAAGGCUACUGUAGUAACUAGCUGGCAGCCAAAGCUCUUCUUGACCGAAAGAAACAGGACCCAAGAGUCCAGGACUUUCUCCAGCGAUGUCUUGAGUCUCUCUUCAGCCGAAAACUAGAUCUGUGGAGCUUCCUCGAUAAUCCUUGAAGUCGCCUAGUCAAAUACCCUUUACUGUUAAAAGAAAUUCUUAGACAUACUCCAGAAGACCACCCUGAUGUUCAGCUUCUGCAGGAAGCUAUAUUGAUAAUACAAGGAGUUCUCUCCGAUAUCAACUUGAAGAAAGGAGAAUCAGAAUGUCAGUAUUACAUCAACAAACUGGAGUAUCUGAAUGAAAGGCAGAAGGAUCCUCGAAUUGAAGCAAGCAAAGUAUUGCUUUGCCACGGGGAGCUGAAGAAUAAAAAUGGACAUAAAUUUUAUAUUUUCCUGUUUCAAGACAUCUUGGUUUUGACUCGGCCUGUUAUACGAAAUGAACGUCACUCUUACCAAGUUUACUGACAACCAAUCCCCGUCCAAGAGCUGGUCUUGGAAGACCUGCAGGAUGGAGAUGUGAGUAUAAGAGGGUUCUUUUGAGGGGCUUUUGGCAGCUCAGAUAAAGCCAAAAAUAUCUUUAGAGUUCACUUCCAAGACCCCUCUCCAGGCCAGUCUCACACUCUGCAAGCCAAUGAUGUGUUCCACAAGCAGCAGUGGUUCAACUGUAUUCAAGCUGCCAUAGCCCCUUUCCUGCAGGCCACCAGUCCAACCGAGCUGCAGGGUUUGCCCGGGCUCCAUGAGGAGUGUGUCGAGAACAACCCCUCUGCUGGGAAUGUCAAAACCCAGAGAAGGGCAUCUACAGCAUCCAGUGUGACUCAGGUUGAAGUUGAUGGGGACGCUUCAGUGUGUGUCUCCCCUGCGUGUACCACAGAUGACAUGAAGAGUGUCAGAGCGCACCAAGCACAGCCUGGCUUCCCAAAGCCAAGGGACAAAUCUCCAUUGGGUGGUGAAUGGAAAGAGACUUCUGUAUAAAGGAAGUUCUGUGUAUUACCAGUGCAGAGUCUGUUUAUUUAUAAAUGUGUACAGUUUGGGUUUUCUUGAAAAGUGAGCAUGGGAGUGUUGCAGGGUUACUUAAUACUAGUCUUAACAUUUUCUGUUUUUGGUUAUUUUUAUUUUUUUUUUAAUGGCAGCUAAAGAUGCAUAUACAGAUUACUGUUAAAACUGCAACCUUCUUUUUUAAGAUAUAUUCUCAUAAUUUGGAACAUGCAAGCCUGGUAUUUUUAAUCAAAUGAAAUAUUUAUGGAAUGAGUUUCUUCUUCAUUCUAAAUUCAUCAGGACUUUCCAAUAAUUGCCUAUUGUGAUAUUUACAGUAUCUACCAAACCUAAAAAUUUUGCAAAUACUGGGAUUUUACCAGUGUUUCUUUGAUAACCUGCAUGUGCAGAAUUUUGAAAUUUUAACAUUGGCUCCUAAAACCUACACAGAAUACAGGUGUGUAAUACAUUAGAAUUUAUACUGAAACAUAAGUUCCUUUUGAAACAAAGUAUAAAACUUUAUACAGAUUUUCCAUUUUAUCAACUGGAAUACUUUAUAUUAGUUUUUGUCACUACACAUUCCUCAUUUUCAUUCACUUAACCUGCCAAUUAUUUAAUUUUUUUUAUUAUAAAGUAGUUUUUAGUAUUUGCUUUAUUUAUUUAUUUUUUUACUUUGACACCUUUUCAGAUGGUAGCCUUUAUUUUUCCCCCUUGAUAAAAAUGUGUACAUAUGUGCAUAUAUAUAUAUAUAUAUAUGUUUUUAAAAUCAUAUUACCUUUAUCAACUGAAACCAAGCCAUACUGUUUUUGAGCCAAUGAAGAACAUUGUGACUUUUCCGGUGUAGCAUUGCAAGGUGGUGAACACACAUGAACUGACGCGGUGUAUUCUGGACGACUGAAAGAAAACCACCUGAAGGGUUUGGUUGAGAGCUUUAGUGUUGUCUGAAAAGCAGGAGCGGGGACAGUUGGCUCCUAAUACAUAAAAAAGAGGGAAAAAGAGAGUACUUUGGUCUUAAGGUAAAAAUGUCUGUUUGUGCUAGAACAUGCAAGAAGAUAGCAAAAGCUAAACUUGAGGGUGUAUAGUAAGUUAUAGAAGGCUUGGGGGAAGUGAAUUUUAUUUGUGUUGGUUUAUAAUACCUGCAAAUAAUGAGUUUGAAAAGAAGCAGGUGUGUUGAAAAUCUGACCAUAUUAUAUCAAUUUUGGUGGAUUUAUUUAUAAGAGGGAAAAAGUAAUGAAUGUUUUACUGUAAAAUGUUACUGUUCAAAUGAGAUCAUAGUCUUUAAGUGGAGGACUAAGUGCUCUGUGUCAUGGCAGACUUAUAAUGUGGAUCAUUCAAGGAAAUGUUGACUAUUCUGUGAACUAUAUUUGACCAGCACAGGUGAAAAUGGAGAAAGAUUGUAAAUAGAUCAGUCCAAAUGAUUUCUCUGUAUAAAUGAAUUAUACAAUUUAAAAA